AUGGCAGUCCAGGCGGCGCUCCUCAGCACGCACCCCUUCGUCCCCUUCGGCUUCGGGGGCUCCCCGGACGGGCUGGGAGGCGCCUUCGGAGCCCUGGACAAGGGCUGCUGUUUCGAGGAUGAGGAGACCGGGACGCCGGCGGGCGCGCUGCUGGCGGGCGCCGAGAGCGGGGACGCGCGCGAGGCCACCCGCGACCUGCUCAGCUUCAUCGACUCCGCGUCUAGCAACAUCAAGCUGGCCCUGGACAAGCCCGGCAAGUCGAAGCGGAAGGUGAACCACCGCAAGUACCUGCAGAAGCAGAUCAAGCGCUGCAGUGGCCUCAUGGGCGCCGCGCCCCCGGGCCCGCCCUCCCCAGGAGCCGCCGACACGCCCGCCAAGCGGCCGCUCGCCGGCACCGCCGCAGGCGCCCAGACGGUCCCGGUCCCGGCCCACGGCAAGGCGGCUCCCCGGCGGGAGGCGUCGCAGGCCGCGGCGGCCGCCAGCCUGCAGAGCCGGAGCCUGGCCGCGCUCUUCGACUCGCUGCGCCACGUCCCUGGGGGCGCCGAUCCGACCGGGGCUGCGGAGGCGGCGCCCGCUGCUGGGCUCGUGGGCGGGGACGCGGCUGGCUCUGCGGGCGGCCCGGCGGCCCCCGGCGCCAGGAAGGUCCCGCUGCGGGCCCGCAACCUGCCGCCAUCCUUCUUCACCGAGCCGUCCCGGCCGGGCGGCGGCGGCGGGUGCGGCCCGUCGGGGCCCGGCGUGAGCCUGGGCGACUUGGAGAAGGGCUCAGAGGCCGCCGAGUUCUUCGAGCUUCUGGGGCCCGACUACGGCGCGGGCACCGAAGCGGGUGCCUUACUCGCCGCGGAGCCUCUCGAUGUGUUCCCCGCCGGGGCCGCCGUCCUGCGGGGACCUCCGGAGCUGGAGCCCGGCCUGUUUGAGCCCCAGCCCGCGAUGGUGGGGAGCCUACUGUACCCCGAGCCCUGGAGCGCCCCGGGCGGCCCCGCGACCAAGAAGCCGCCGCUGCCCGCGCCCCGCGGUGGCUUGACCUUGAACGAGCCCUUGCGCUCCGUGUACCCCGCCGCCGCGGACUCUCCGGGCGGGGACGAUGGGCCCGGCCUCUUGGCCUCGUUCGCCCCCUUCUUCUCAGACUGCGCUCUGCCCCCGGCGCCGCCGCCGCCGGCCCAACAGGUGUCCUACGACUACAGCGCGGGCUACAGCCGCUCGGCGUUCGCCGGCCUUUGGAGGCCCGACGGGGCUUGGGAAGGGGCGCCCGGGGAGGAGGGGGCGCCCCGGGAUUGA